CCAGGCAGCAGUCUACGGCCCGGGACAGAGGGACCAGGACCAGGCCUCGGGAGAGAAGGGGUGCGGGAGAGCUUCGUCUCUUGCUUCGUCCGUAUCGAGAGAAUCGUCGUCGUCGUUGUCGUCGUCAUCGUCGUCAUCGUCGUGGUCGUCAUCGUCAUCGUUGCCGCCGUCCACGUCGUCUUCCGCCGCCGGGUUCACCCCAACUGCACGACGCGUUCGUGACCUUGAGAUUCGCCCGAAUGCGCGCCGGCGACUCGCUCCCCCGGCGUGACACGUUCCGCGACGGUGUCGUCGGCUCCGGGAAACCGUCUCGCGCUUCUCCGCUCACGAACGCACGGAGAUGAGCGGAGGCGCUCGGCCGGGAGCUGCUCGGAGCACGUGCCAGGCGCGCGGAAGGCGCUCCAGGCGACACCAGCUGCGCUAAUCGUGGACCAAUCGCGAGGGCGAGAGAGCGAUCGCGGGUGAUAUAGGACAUUGCACCCGGGAGAAGCGCGAGAUCGGAAAUCGGCGUCGUGCGAGUGCGAGUCCGGCGAACAGGAAUGACGCAGCAGGCCCGCGGUGCAAAUGCCGCGCGUACCAGGACGGUCCCGAUGUUCGCAGCCCUGGCACUGCUUCUCAUAUUCGUGGGCCUCGACGGCGUCGUGCACGGUGUCUCGCGCUCCGCGCUUCAUCAAGAUUUGACGAACACUGCCACGGGUCCGGUUUUCGUAGCGCCGGUUGGGAAUCAAACUGCCGCGAUUGGCCGCGAGGUUGUUUUCUCUUGCAGCGUCCACAACAUCAGCAUUCGCAAGUACAAGGUUGGCUGGCUGCGCGCCUCGGACCAGACGAUCCUCUCGAUUCACACCAGAAUCGUGACGCAUAAUGCACGUAUCUCGGUCUCGUACGAGAGCGGCGGAAGUUCCGGGUCCGGCAGUGCGGCCGCUGGCACCUUUGGGGUGACCGGGAGCAGCCAGGCCACGGAGGAAGUUGUGAAUGGAACGUGGAGUCUGCAUAUCCGCCAGCUGAAGGAGUCCGACAGAGAUUGCUACAUGUGCCAGAUCAACACCAGCCCCAUGAUAUCCCAGCUGGGUUGUCUCGACAUACAAGUGCCGCCCGACAUCGUUUACGGGGGUGAUACCAGCGCGGAUCUGGCAGUAGCGGAGGGCGACAACGCGACCCUGAGCUGCCGGGCGACGGGACGUCCGCCGCCGAGGGUGUCUUGGAAGAGGGAGGACGGGGAGCCCAUCGUCAUAAGGACCGCGUCGAUCGGUGGUACCACUUACGAGAAGCACAACCACUACAACGGCUCGCUGCUGCAUUUCCACCGUGUCGAGAGGCGGCAAAUGGGGGCGUAUCUCUGCAUCGCCAGCAACGACGUGCCACCAGCGGUUAGCAAACGGGUGACACUCGCUGUGAAUUUCGCACCCGUCGUAAAAGCGCCCAACCAGUUACUGGGCGCUCCUCUGGGUACGGACGUGCAGUUGGAGUGCUACGUCGAGGCGUUCCCGAACACGAUUAAUUAUUGGGUGAAAAAUCAACGAGGCACCGAGGACGAGAUGUUACUGGAGGGACCGAAAUACAGCGUGCGGGAGGAGCGUACGGGGUACACGGUCCUGAUGUGGCUCUUAAUCAAAAAAUUCACGGAGAAAGACGUCGGUAGCUACAAAUGCGUCUCAACGAAUAGUCUAGGCAGGGCGGAUGGAACUUUGAGAUUAUACGAGAUCAAAAUCGGCUUCGACAGAACAUCGCGCGGGAAAGAUCACGUGUCCAUCAUUGGUGGACUAGCCGAAGCCGCUCAAAGUUCCGGUGCCAACAACGGCGUCGUGAGCCUCUUCGGGAACGGUAGCAGCUUGUCUCACAUCCUAUCGAUGUUCUUCUUCAUACCGAUAUUGUGGCCGCGGUGAAGAAGGCAUCCACUACUGGUCAUCGCUAAGCUACUUAGUGCCAGAUGACUUUGUGCCAAAAAAAAGAGAAAAGAAUAAGAAGACAAGAAUGUAGAGAGAAUGCGCGAGUGUGAGAGACACUACGGUAGAGAAGAUGUAUGGUAGCGCGCGCGCACGCUUUCAGAAGCGAAGAGAGAAAGAAUGAAAGCGAUUGAGAGAAUGCGAGAGCGAGAGACAGGGAGAGAGAGAAUGAGAACAAGAUAAUAAAACGGAGUCCUCGGUGCUCCAAAUUCUUCCUACUUUCCUUUCCUACUCCCAAGUGUCAAAGACAUUUUUAGAUCAAUGGAUGUUGUCAAUGUACGCGUCGCUUUAGAUUCGCGUUUCGCGGAUCAACCGGUAGAGAUUCGCCCGAGAUUCGCGUUACCCCUGUAAAACUACCGUCAGAAAGUAAAUUGCUAGUGAAUCAACAUUAUUGGCAUUAUACAUCGUGCAAUUUUUAUUGACACGUUCACGUUUAUUAUCCCCAUGACGCGACAUCGUCCGUUAACUGCCAAUAUUGUACAAGACAAUCACUUGACGGUCGGUGUUAGCAUGAGCUCAAUAUAUGCAUAGGAUACUAUGAGCAGCCGAGUCGCUCACUGAUUGCCGCCACAGCAGACAUUUAUUUUUAAAAGGAGAUUCCCUUUUUAGAAAAAUCAAUUUCUUUGCCACGCUUCCCGACAAUUUCUCGCGUGACAAAUGGUUUUUAUUCAUUAAUGGUCAUUAUUAAAUGGUUUUCUUCUACUUCAGGAAGAUCUAUAUGUCGAUAUUGCCUCACCAUCUGUUCAUCUUGUGCAUUCAUUUAUUUAUUAAUCUCUUACGAUAAUGAAACAAUAAUAUGACAGAAAAUCGAGAAUUUGUAAAGCUUUUUUUAAUAAUAAAUGUGCAGUCUGUUGUGUAGAUAAUCGAAAACUUAGAUAAAUAUAAUAACGAUGAGUUUGUGAAUCUGGAAAGGGCUUCUAUUUUCUGACGGUAUUUAUACACUCGGCGUGAAUGAAAUUUGAAUCGUUGAUACGCGAAUCGACGAAUGCGAAAGGGUAAGUUCGCCGUCGCGGGAAUGCUUAACGAAUCGACGAUAAUAAUAAAUAAUCAACGGUCAUUUUGCAAUUGGUUUAUGCGCUGCUGACAUUGGACGUCGGAAAACUUUGGUGUUUCAAAAUAAAAGUAAGGCUCGAACGUUGUA